UUAUUAUCGAGAAAAUACGGCACGCAGAUGGCCACUAAAGGCAAAAUAAGUGUGAAAAUAGAAGAAGAUAUAAGAAUAUCAAUUCAUCGUCAAAUUGAUUUGUUCCUACAAGAUGAAACCCAAAUCGAAUACGAUUUCUCGUCUAAUUUGACCAACCAACAUCGUGCUUACAUUCAUGAUUACGUUAAAAAUAAGCGCUUGAAGUCCAAGUCUCACGGAAAAGGUGGUGACAGAUACAUAACAAUAUAUAAAACGAGCCUAUCAGAUAUUACCCAUGGCGAUGCAGUACUUAGACUUACAAGUCAGUCCAUAGAUAUAUUGAACGAAAUUCAAACAUCGUACAAUUCCAAUAAGAAGCCGUUAAAGCUUGCUGGUAAAGGAAAUACAUUGCGAUCACAGUCGAUGUUUAUGUCUUCUGUCCCUCCUUCGGUACCACCACGGCCAACCGGAUCUGCGGAAGUAAUAGAGGAGCGCGAGCGUUUACCUAUUUCUCAGUUUCAUGAAAUUAUACUCAAAUGUAUACAACACAAUCAAGUGAUAAUAAUAUCAGGCAACACUGGAUCUGGCAAGACUACCCAAGUGCCUCAGUUCAUACUGGAAGCAGCAACGCUUCGAAACGAACCUUGUCGAAUUAUCUGCACACAGCCUAGACGCAUCAGUGCAGUCACAGUUUCUGAAAGAGUUUGCUACGAGAGAAAUGAAAGGUUGGGAGAUACGGUAGGCUAUCAAAUUCGAUUGGAAAGCCGAAUAAAACCGUCUUCCAAUACUAUAUUCUGCACCAAUGGCGUUUUGCUUCGAUGUUUGAUGUCGAAAAAUGGAUCAAAAUUUCUAAAGAAUAUUACGCACAUCAUCAUUGACGAAGUACAUGAGCGGGAUCAAUAUUCCGACUUUCUCUUGAUUGCAUUGAAGGAUAAUCUUUUAACAAAUCCCCACGUAAAAGUAAUUCUCAUGUCAGCUACGAUAGAAUCAGACACUUUUUCAAAAUAUUUCAGUAGCUGCCCUGUUAUUGAAAUACCCGGAAGGUUAUAUCCAAUCGAAAACUUCUUCCUGGAGGAUAUAUUAUUCAACAUCGAAACAAGCAAUAAUAGCGUGAAAGCCAUGAAGAGUAAGAUAAGAAAUAGCGGCGGUGCUAUAUAUGGCGGAGGUCAAAAACCGGUCACAGUGAACAUGGACGACGAAACUAUUUUGCUGAUGAAUGAUAUUUUGGAAGUUUGCUGGAUUGAGAAUAACCCUGAAGAUUUUCAUAAUUUUUUUGUUUUAAUUGAGGAAGAAAAUAUACCCAUAGACUUCCAACAUACUGAAACAAAAAUGACCGGAUUAAUGAUUGCCGCAGCCAAAGGGUAUGUUGAAAUAGUGAGCAAGAUAUUGGAGAUGGGCGCGGAUCCUAAUAUAGAAGAGAAGCACAACUAUACUGCAUAUGAUUGGGCAUGUUUCGUUAAUGGUAGUAGCGUAUGUUCGGAAAUGCUGAAGCGUGCUGUUGAGAAAUCAAAAUCGUCAUUUGCUUAUCCUACGUUGCUGUCGCCAAGCAGCGCAAAACAACUGUUAGAUGCGUACCAUACAUCGGUUGGAGACGAUAGGAUCGACCAUAACUUGAUAAUCGAUACUAUACUGCAUAUAUGCAGAAAACUUCCAGAAGGAGGCAUUCUGGUGUUUUUGCCUGGAUAUGAGGAUAUACAAGAGCAGUAUGGGCUGUUGAACAGUAAGGUGGCGGGUUUUCAUUGUAUUACAUUAUUCAUGUUGCACAGCAAAAUGCAAACAGUUGAUCAGCACUCCGUGUUCAAACCUGUGCCUAGAGGUGUGCGCAAAAUAAUCCUAGCAACAAAUAUUGCAGAAACAUCUAUAACCAUGGACGAUGUAGUUUACGUAAUCGAUAGUGGCAAGGUAAAGCAAAAGUAUUAUGACUCACUUACAUUCACAAGCUCGCUAGCAGCGACAUGGAUAUCGCAAGCGUGCGCCACGCAACGUGCAGGCCGAGCCGGACGUACAAAACCGGGUACAUGCUUUCGACUGUAUAGCAGAACUCGCCUUAGCGCCAUGGAUCAAUUUACAUUGCCGGAAAUAAUGCGAGUUCCUCUCACAGAAAUUUGUUUACAAACUGCCCUCAUCGCUAAGGAAGCGUCUAUUCAAGAAUUUCUGAACAAAGCAAUAACAGCACCUUCGCCAAUAAGCGUAAAGCAAAGCAUAAAAUAUUUACAGAAGGUUGGAGCGCUAGAUGACGAGGAAAAUGUAACCGACCUCGGGCACAUGUUAGCAGAAUUGCCCGUAGAUGCCAGGCUCGGGAAAAUGUUACUAUACGGUAUUUUACUGAAAUGUUACGAAUCUGCAUUGUUGAUUGUGUGCAUAUUGAGCAUAAAUGAUCUUUUCGUGAUACCGUCAUUUCCAGUGGAUAAAGAAAAAGCGAACAAAGUUCGCAGAGAACUGACAGAAGAUGCCUUCAGCGAUUGUUAUUGCUUGCUACGGGCCUAUCAACAAUGGUUAGAAGCCGGUACAACUGCAAAACGCAAAGAACUGUGCAAUCGAAUGUUCUUGAGCCAUGGUAAACUAACGAUGGUUCAAGAGCUGCGGAACAAGUUGCACGCUCACCUAUGUUCAAUAGGAAUCGUGAAAAGCUACGGGCCAGGAAGUGUUAAGGAUUUGAACGAAUUUUCCAGUAACUGGAGUCUUGUGAAAGGUGUUUUGCUCGUUGGUUUGUACCCAAACGUGUGCUAUUUAGAAAAAUAUUCCAAAACAAUGAAGACACGCUUUGAGAAGAAAAUUUUCAUUCACCCGUCAUCAGUGAUAGCAGAAAAAAUUAUGAGAAAGUCCAAAAAUAAGGACAACACCCUUUGGCUGCCAAGCGAAUGGGUUACUUUCGAAGAAAAACAUAAAUCAGGUAGAGGAUCAAUGAUCCGUUGCAAUACAGUGGUAUCACCAAUAACUAUAGCGAUAUUUGCCGGCCCAUUGUCAAUUGACGAGGCAGAAUGUAUAGUGGAAUGCGAUUUUGUAGAGCAGCGAAAGUGUAAAAUAGAUAUUGAUGAUUGGAUAAAUAUGGAAGUAGAGGAAAAUAUGGCAGAGCCCGUGCUAUACACUAGACGUGUAAUAAGCGAACUUUUUAUGAAAUUCAUAGAAAACCCACGAACACAUCAGUUGAACACAAGAGAAUAUAAGUUGGUGCAUUCACUGAGCAAGAUACUCGCGUUAGAGGACCAAUCACUAGAAUUAACGAGUCGAUUAGAUUAUUCUGGCAGUAUCAACAAACCGGGAGAUCGAAAUCACGGACAUCACCGAGCAAGAGAGUCCAUGAGUAGAAACAGGCACAAUCCUUGCAACGGUUCUAAAAAAUAUUCGGAAUAGCACGAAUUAAUGAAUGAAUGUUAGGAUCACAACGUUUUCAUCAGAUAAAUGAAAGAGAAGAAUAGAAUCAUUCUUCGAAGAAAUUCAACUUAAUCUCAACAGAAAGAUUAUUUGUAUAAAUGGAAUAAAAAUAUGCUUGUCGUUCAG